UUUCUUUAAUUGGAUAUGGAAUUUUCCCAUUCUUAAUUUUCCCCUCCGCCAAUAAUUUUCUCCCUCUAUCGUAGCUUUGCCAAAGAUCUCUCUGGAUUUUGAGACUAGUUUGCCAUGGCCAAAAGCUUCUUCAAGAUGGAACACCCUCUCGAAAGGAGGCAGGCAGAAGCUACUCGUAUAAGAGAGAAGUAUCCGGAUAGAAUACCAGUGAUUGUGGAAAGGGCUGAUAGGUGUGAUAUACCUGACAUAGACAAGAAAAAAUACUUGGUUCUUGCUGAUCUGACUGUUGGUCAGUUUGUGUACGUGGUGCGAAAGAGGAUUGAACUCAGUCCUGAAAAGGCUAUCUUCAUUUUUGUGAAGAAUAUUUUGCCUCCCACUGCGGCUAUGAUGUCAGCAAUUUAUGAGGAAAAUAAGGAUGAAGAUGGUUUCCUUUACAUGAGCUACAGUGGCGAGAACACGUUUGGAUGACUUUAAGACAUGGGUGUGCAUAAGACCUGAAAAAGAUUAUAAAAAAAUGAAAAAGAAAUGAGACUUUAGAUCAGUUGUAAAUUCUCUGCAGACUCAGUGGUUUGAUAUUUUCUAUGUCAAUGAUGAUCAGUGCAGAUAAUUCUUGUAUAGUCAAGUUAUAUGGUUAUUUUGAUUACUCAGAUACUGGUAAUGGUUCUAAUAUUUUAAGAGUCCUCACUGGUUGAUCUCAAUUGUUUCUUUAUGCACAUAACCAAUAGUUUGUUUUGUUUGAGAACCGAAAUUUAAUGUUUGUUAAUGAAUUAACUGGAGCAAUUUUAAUU